AAGCAAAUACUAAAUGUGUAGAAUUUGUAGCACAGAUUUAAGAAUUUUACAAGAUAUAUAUCUGUUUUGAAGUAACCUACAUUGAAAAUGACAAAAUCCAACCUCAUAUUUCGUCAGCUGUUUGACAAAGACACUUCCACGUACACUUACUUGCUUGGUUGUGCUGAAACCAAAGCAGCAAUUAUCAUAGAUCCUGUACUUGAAUGUGUUGAAAGAGAUUUAAAACUUGUGAAUGAGCUUGGGUUGAAUCUAAUAUAUGGAGUGAAUACGCAUGUUCAUGCUGACCACGUUACUGGCACCGGUCAGAUCAAGAAGACUUUACCAAACUGUAAAUCGGUGUUGGGAGCAAAUAGUGGUGGAAAAGCUGAUCUUUAUUUAAAAGAUGGAGAUAAACUCUCAUUUGGAAACUUGACCAUGGAAAGCAGGUCCACACCCGGUCACACAGAUGGUUGUUCAACUUAUAUUCUACAUGACCAACGUGUUGUGUUCACUGGAGAUGCUUUGCUUAUAAGGGGUUGUGGAAGGACUGACUUUCAACAAGGUUGUGCGAAAACUCUGUACAACUCCGUGCACAGCAAAAUAUUCUCAUUACCUUCAGAUUAUAAACUUUAUCCAGCUCAUGAUUAUAAAGGUAUGAGUGUGACAACGGUGGGUGAAGAGAAACUUUACAAUCCACGAUUAACUAAAACUGUUGAUGAGUUUGUGCAAAUAAUGGACAAUCUUAACCUUGCUUACCCCAAGAGAAUAGAUGUUUCAGUUCCAGCCAACUUAGUUUGUGGAAUUCAAGAUUAAUCUGUUCACCGUAUUCAUGACCAUAUUUGCAUUUAAAGUUUUAUUGAUAUUUACGACACAAUUUUUCUUCACUUAGUUACAAGUAGUUUGUAAUCUAUGCUUAAUUUAGUUCACUAGUUACUAAAUCUAACACGUAUUUUCAUUUAUUAAUCCUAGCCAGUGUUUUUAAAGUUUGGUUUUUACAAAAACUGGUUUUAAAGUUUCAAUAUAUAUAUAUAUAUACACGAUUCGCAUCUGAAACGUUUCUGUUUAAAAAAAAGACUAUGCUUAGUAAUGUAAGAAGUAAAACUUGGAUGUUACGUUUGUAUUGAAACUUAAGCAGAAAAUUCAUGUUUUUUCACCUUUAAGUUAAAACCAUAUACAAUAACCUUUUAGUUUUUCAAACUAUUUGACAACCACUGGCUUGAGUAUUUUUAUUCAUUUCCUUCAUGCACUUGUAGAUUAUUUAAUUCUUAAACAAGUUUCCGUCACCCUUGCCUUAGAUUUGAACCCUAUAUCUUUUUCAAGGACAAAUUGAAUUUUAUUAUCAACCCAGGUUAGGUUGCUGAUAUAUUGUGUACCCAUGUAACCUAUAUUGUAUUUUAAGGUACCCUGUAUUGUAUAAAGUAAAAUUUAACAUUAUUUACAGAUUCAUUUUAAUUUGUUUGGUUUUUGACGAGUUUUACUCAGAUAAGCGGGACAUCAUGCCCGCUGUCGAGUAACAAUAUAGAUCGCUAUAUCUACCACACAUGAUACAUCCAUGCCCCUCAUGCUCACUGUCGAGUUAUAGCAGGCAGCUUCUAGUUACAGUCUCCCCAUCUUUCUUAACUUAAAUAAUUGUUGAUGGAAUCUUUCUCUCACAAACUGAUAAAACUCGAUCUCAAAUGCGAAAAUCCUUCGCAGUUUUGUUUCCGUUUCUUUGGACGGUUUCUUCUUAUACAAAGUCUUGGUGCCUUCGA